UUCCCAUCAGCCUUUGUUUCGAGCGGAAGCUUCUCUGAGUCUGAGGUGAUCAUCAUCAUCAUCCAAGUCUAAAAUGGCAGGAGCAGACGGAGACGAUUCGCUUUAUCCCAUCGCGGUUUUAAUCGAUGAACUGAGGAAUGAAGAUGUUCAGUUGCGGUUGAACAGUAUUAAGAAGUUGUCCACUAUUGCUCUGGCACUGGGUGUGGAGAGAACACGGACUGAACUACUGCCCUUCCUCACUGACACCAUAUAUGAUGAGGAUGAAGUUCUUCUUGCCUUGGCUGAGCAGCUCGGGAGCUUCACUGUACUUGUUGGAGGUCCAGAGUUUGUGCACUGUCUCUUGCCUCCCCUGGAGAGUUUGGCCACAGUGGAGGAAACGGUUGUGCGGGACAAGGCCGUGGAGUCUCUGCGAAAGAUCUCUCAGGAACAUUCCCCCGUAGACCUAGAGGUGCAUUUUGUGCCACUUAUGAAGCGUUUGGCCAGCGGCGACUGGUUCACCUCCCGAACGUCUGCGUGCGGGCUGUUUAGCGUCUGCUACCCUCGUGUGUCCAGUACUGUUAAAGCGGAAAUCCGUCAGCACUUCCGCACACUUUGCUCAGACGACACUCCCAUGGUGCGCCGUGCCGCCGCCUCUAAGCUAGGCGAGUUUGCUAAGGUUCUGGAGCUGGACUAUGUUAAGAGUGACAUCAUUCCUCUCUUUACAGCACUAGCAUCUGAUGAGCAGGACUCUGUGCGUCUUUUGGCGGUAGAAGCUGGUGUCAGCAUUGCCACUCUCCUGCCGCAGGAUGACUUGGAGGCUCUGGUCAUGCCCACUUUACGUCAGGCAGCCGAGGACAAGUCCUGGAGGGUGCGCUACAUGGUGGCAGACAAAUUCUCAGAAUUGCAAAAAGCAGUUGGCCCAGAGAUCACCAAGAAUGAUCUGGUCCCGGCCUUCCAGAACUUGUUGAAAGACUGCGAGGCAGAGGUCCGGGCUGCUUCUGCCAACAAGGUGAAAGUAUUCUGUGAAAAUUUGCCUGAAGACAGCAGGGAGACCAUCAUCAUGACUCAUAUUCUGCCAUGCGUCAAGGAGCUGGUGUCUGACACAAACCAGCAUGUGAAGUCUGCCCUGGCUUCUGUCAUCAUGGGUCUCUCUACCAUCUUGGGCAAGGACAACACCGUAGAACAUCUGUUGCCUCUUUUCCUGGCCCAACUGAAGGACGAGUGCCCUGAGGUGCGUCUGAACAUCAUUUCUAAUCUGGACUGUGUGAAUGAGGUGAUCGGGAUCCGGCAGCUCUCUCAGUCUCUUCUGCCAGCUAUAGUGGAGCUGGCUGAGGAUGCCAAGUGGAGGGUUCGACUGGCCAUCAUUGAGUACAUGCCAUUGCUGGCUGGCCAACUGGGAGUGGAGUUUUUCGACGAGAAGUUGAAUUCCCUGUGCAUGGCGUGGCUCAUUGAUCACGUGUAUGCCAUUCGAGAGGCUGCCACCUGUAACCUAAUGAAGCUGGUGGAGAAGUUUGGAGCAGAAUGGGCCGAGAACACCAUUGUGCCCAAAGUCCUUGGCAUGGCCAUUGAUUCCAACUACCUGCACAGGAUGACCACUCUUUUCUGCAUCAAUGCUCUGUCUGAAGCAUGUGGGCAGGAAAUCACUACCAAGCACAUGUUGCCUGUAGUCCUCAAGAUGUCCACUGACCAAGUGGCCAAUGUGCGCUUCAAUGUAGCCAAGUCCUUACAGAAGAUCGGGCCAGUUCUGGACAGCAGUGCUCUGCAGGCAGAAGUCAAACCAGUCCUGGAGAAACUAGCCACGGACCAAGAUAUGGAUGUGAAGUACUUUGCUCAGGAGGCUUUAAGUGUUCUUGCAUUGGCUUGACUGACUUCCUCUCCACAUCCAGUGAAAAACUGACAACACAAAACCUGUUGCAUUCUAUUUAUUGUUCUUUUUGAAUGAUUAAGUAUUGUCUGUUACUUUGUUUACUCUCAAAGAUAUUGAAUGUUCAAAGGAUGGACUUUUGGUUAAGUUUUACUUCUCAAACACUGUUAGAGCAGCUCUCAGUUCUGCAUGCUUGUACAGUUUGAGCUUAGAUCUUCUCAAACAUCACCCGUGAGCCAUUCCUGUACAUUCGUAUCAUAAUCUGUACAUGCCUGCUUCAGCAUGCCUUUUGCUUUUCUUAGACCGGAGCUCAUCCUGCCAGUAGCAGAUGGUGCAAAAUGCCUGUUUAUUUGCUUUAGUAGAAUUGCUAGCGCACAGCACAUUGUUUACAUGUGUUCCCUCUCCAGAGGGGAAAAAAAAUCUCAUGUGCUCACACGGUUUAACCGCAGAAUCCUCUUUGUGCACAGGGUGAAUGGUUAAUUACUGGCUCUCUUGAAAUUUGCUUUACGCAAUGAUGUCACACCUUUAUCACAAGCUUUUUCCAUCUAGGGACCAUGUAAUUGAAUCAGUUGUGCUCUAACACAGGAUACACGUCUUAAACGGCAUCACUCAUUUAAUUCACAGUUUUGCCUGCAGGUUUGUGCCCAUGUUGGUCCUGAAUAUCCCCCUUUAUUGACUUGUAGACUUGCUCUAACUUUUGUGCCAAUGAAAUGCCUAGUUCUAGUACAAUUUCUAGGUUUGUAAGUUUUCUUUUAUUAUCUUCUUUUUAUUUAAGUGGAGGGUGUUAAAAGUGUGGUCAUGUAAUCAUUAGGCUGGCAAGGAGGAACUUUGUCUCUCGUGGAAGGUUAUAGACUUAAAUGAACACUAUUCAUUGCUCCAAACAACUUUCACCUACUGCAUUCUGAGGAAACCCUUCGUUCAUGGUCAAUAUCAUGAGAACUUGUAGCUCUGUUUUUGUUUAAUUAGUUUGGGAUAUUGGUGUACCUUUAGGACUAAAUAAAGUCAUUUAAACCACG